GCAGAGGGGACGGGGACGGCGGCGAGGGGGGACCGGGGGAGCCGGGCCCGGGGGAUCCGCAGAGGGGGCUUUGGGCGGUCCCGGGAGGGGUCACACGGACCGCCAGGGACGGGCCCGGCCGUGAGGGGAGCGCGGGGGAAAGAGUCCGCGGGGCGGCCUGGCACGGGAGAAGGGGAAGGAAUAAUGAGCGAAUGUUUUAUAUGUGCUUAAAAUUUUGAGGUUUCUCAUUGUGCUGUUUUGCGGUCCUGCCUCAGGAGAGCCUCUGGAAAUGGAAAUGGAGAUCCCCGGCGGCACCUGCGAAGUUCUCUGUUGUUCCUCCUCCAUCCAGAGCCACCCGCUGGGCAAGCUGCAGGAUGGAACGCUGCUGCUCCAUGGAUUUAUUUGGGAAUUAGAAUUUCCCUAACUGAUGGCCUCCCCUUGGGAAAACAAGAGACCAGGAGGGCUGGAUCACAGACCUGCAAACCAGGCUUGGGCAAGGAAUUCCUCUGGGAACUUGGCAAGUGCUCUUACUGUGGAUACAGGCAAAGAGGACGUGUAAUUUAACAACUUUGCUAUCCCUCUGUAUGAAAAAAAGAUCUAGUGCUUUUCCUGCUGGUUUGUGUUGCCCCUGUGACACCACUAAUGCAGGUAGGGCAGAGUCAGCUUCCUGGCCAUUGCAGCAGGAGCAGAAUCAUUGAUUGUGCUUCCUGAAUUUCUAUUAAUUUUCAUAUUGAAGUCAGCAAUAGUAACUUUUAAUAGUCAAUGGGCCAGGCUGACAACUAGUAAACAGAGAGAUCUGUAUUGAAAUUGUAAAACAAACAUGGUAUAAAAAUCAGAGGAAGCCCCAUUGCUUUUCUCCCAAACACCUUCCAGAGUAAAAAUCUUAUUUCAGCCUCUCUGCUUGUGAAUUGCAAGAGGUGGAGUUUGUGUGUAAUGUCUAAAAAUACUUGUGAAGGACUUUACCUGAAUUGUGUGAUCAGUGCUGAUUACACAAAGAAAGCCUUCUGCACACAGCUGGCCUGCCAGGACCCAGGAGGAGGACGGGUGUGCUCAGAGUGUUCUGUUCAGGGGGAUGAUUGCAGGGAGCCAUCCAGGCUGCCCUGGGAAGGAGCACUCCCACCCUCACUGCUUGGCACUGUGCUGAGCCAUAGGAUGGGGCUGGAAUGAAAAACUCCUGCUGUAUGUUGGGGUUUUUUGGAAAAGAGAAGGAUUUCUGCACAGACACUCUCUGGAGUGCAGGUGAGCACCCUGAUGCUCCACAGUGUCACUUCUCAGCAGCUCUUGCUGGGCCUGCCUUGCUGCUGUUGGAGUCGUUGAGGUCUCAGCAUUUCCUGUAUUAAUGUCUGUGCCACAAUUGCUAAUUGACCAUGAAAUUUUAGCCUCCAGUCACACAUACAUAUCUGAAGUCAUUUUGUUCUAGUGAAGUAAGUCUUCUUGACCACCAUUAAAAGCUCUGACUUGUGUAGCAGGGGACACUACUGAAAAAUCAUGGUUGUUUGCUUAUUAUUCAAAACAAUACCCUUGCUUUCUGACAUAACAUAAGGGUAAAUUGUAAAUUUAUUUCCUACACAGUGGUUAAAAUCCAUUGUGUAGAGAGGAGUUGUAGCCCAGAUGAAUGUAUUCCUAUGCUGCCAAAACAGAUUUAAAUCUGGUAGCCAGUAAUUGUUUCAUCUAAAAAAAAUAGCAGUCUUUGUUAGAAAAAAGGAUAUUUUAGAGACAUUAAGACUUGGGAGCUUUAGCAAAACAACUGAAGAGGAGAUACUUUUCUGUGCUAAUAGAAGUGAUAUAAUAUCACAAUUUGUAAAUUCACGAAAUACAUCUUCCAAAAAUAGCUCUUACAAGAGCUAUAGACCUCUCUCAAGUGUAGGAUUCUGCUGUUGGAUUUGCCUUCCUUGACCAUAUAAACGGCAGUACCCUUGCUCCUCUCCAAGGAAAUCUGUGGUUUAACUACACAUGCAUCUUAGCAGAGACCAGAGACCCAAGUGUGACAAAUAGGAAAUUGCUCUCAUCUUACAGAGUUUGAUUAAAGCUUUAGGCAUAGAGCUUUUUAAAUGACAAAUGCUCAAUGAAAUAAUAUUAUGUCUUUAUACUCCAGAGCACUAUUAAUCUGAGGUUUCAGGACCUUAAGAAAUGUUAAUUAACUCAUUACCAUUGAUGUAAAGUAUUAGCGUUGCACUCAUCUUGUGGGCUGGUAGCUGAGGCAUGGAAAUACUGGGUUCUUCAGGAAGAAUGAGAUUGGGGUUCCCUCCCAUGUGUGUUCCCUGUCAGGUAUUUACAGAGAUGUUAACUGCUCAUGCACUAGUGAACUCCAUGGAUCUCCCAUCAAGUUAGCCCAAAAGGAGCAGGAACAACUUUGGGAGAGACUGAACAACUGCAGUAGUACCCAAAGCAGGAUGUUAAUGCAGCCUGGAUAUUUGGGAGCCCAAAUUUGAUAGCUAAGAAGCCAGGCAGUGCUCUAAGGAUUUGAAGAUUUGAGGAAUGUUCAAGGAUGUUCAAGGAAAGAACAGAGACACUGUUGGCUCUUCUGCAGAAAGGUAAAGGUUUGCAUCACCUUAAAUAUAUUUUUUUCAGAAAGCUGGGGCCAAAGCACCGCCCCGGGGGCGAACAGCAGAGCCGGGAUGUUCCGAGUUCCUGCUCGGGACCGCCGGGCAACUCCCGGGGCAGGGGCAGGGCAGGUGUGGGGAAGGACAGGACGGGGACAGGGCAGGGGAGGGAAGUACAAGGCAAGGUGUAGGGAGGGACGAGGACAAGGCAGUGUGGGGCAGGACAGGCCGGGGCCGGGCCGGACGGGCCCCGGGCCCUCCCGCAGGAGCCCAAUCCUCGGUGCGGGGCCGCCACCUCUCGGCCGCCAUCGGCAAAGCAGCGGCACCAUCGGCACCAUCGGCACCAUCGGCACCAUCGGCACCAUCGGCACCAUCGGCACCAUCGGCACCAUCAUCGGCACCAUCGGCACCAUCGGCACCAUCGGCACCGCGCUGCCGCACCCCCGGCAGCCCGCACUCCCCAUCCCGCACUCUGCAUUCCCGCACUCCCGCAGCCCGCACCUCUGCAUUCCUGCAUCCCGCACCUCUGCACUCCCGCAGCCCGCACCUCUGCAUUCCUGCAUCCCGCCCCUCUGCAUUCCCGCACUCCCGCAUCCCGCACUCCGCACUCGUGUGCUCCCGCACCGCUUCGCAGUGGCCGAUUCCCGCUGGCAGCUCCCAUUUCAGGCGCUGCUGGGCCGGACCGCGGGCCUGGGGCUCCAGCUCUGCUCCCAUGGCUCACACCCUGCUCCAGCCCCAGGCUGCUUCCAGGGCAAAGCCUGCCGAGACCGGGCAGGAAUUUUUACAAAUCCCCGCACCCAUCCGCGGGGAAAGGGAAGGGUGUGCAACCUGCAGAAUUUCUCUGCGCGAGUUUUAAAACCUGUGAAACCUGCGACACAUAAAAACCCAGCGGUACUUUCUAGCCAAGACAUGUUCACGUAUCAGGAACCGACAGCUGCGCUCUUUGGUACAAAAGCUGUGGUGCAAGACCUGGGAUGGGGCGUGUGGAGUCCCCCCGGUGACUCAGCAGGAACCCUCAGACAGCCGCGCAGGGGGCACUUUCUCAGCGCUGCCACACUGAGGUGUCCUGCAGCAGUUUAGGACUGCCAGGUAUCUGUAGAGUGGGUUCGAGGUGUAGAUCUGCACAGGAUCCAUCAAUAUCCACAUUUCCUAAACCUGCAUGUGCUGAAAUUUUGUUUUAUCUAAUGAACCAAAGUUCAUUAGACUUUGGACUAUAUGAACCACAUGGUCACUAGAAUCAAACAAUUGCUGCAUACAGGAAUUAAUUCCCAUAGACAAGCAGCACAGCACACAAAGAAUUAGCAGUGGGAGCCUUAACCAAAGUGAGCACCACCUGUGAUUGCUGACCUGACCGUCAAGAGAGACUUGAAAAGUAUUUUGAAAAGGCAAGCCCAGGAACAAAAAUGACGGCAGGAAAAACACGGAUAUAAUGGAGACGCUGAUUUUACAAUACCUGGACAUUUUCCACACACAUUCCACCUCAUGGCCCAAAAGAAAUGGUAAGUGCUCUUCUCUGUUCUGUAUAAGACCUGUAUUACUUCUCCCUUUCAAGUUUGCUCCACUGUUGCAGAUGCCAGGUACCCUGUUUUUUCCCCCUCAAAUUGUUUAACUGAUUUACUUAGCAAAGUUAAAUCCAGAGCAAUUUCUUCCUGUCUAUCCUUAGCAAAAAGUUUGCUCUUUCUGUGCCACAUCUCAAGAAGAAUUUGUAUGUGGCCAGUCUGAAUAAAAAAUUGACCUCUCCUUGCAAGCCAUCCCGCUCUUAAAAACGUAGGACACUUAAUUUAUUAGAAAUACUUAAAAAUGUAGAUGUAGGCAGUCAGCUCAGGUAUUUCAGAGUUGGUGCACUGACACAGUCACCUGCCCUCAGGUUGCUCUGGGCUUUUAUCCCCCAAAGUGCUGCUCCAAGUGAGCUCCAGUCCACCCAGAUCUCCAUAGUGACCUCGCACUCAGGUUUGUUUCCCUGCUAAACCCAAAAGCUGUGAAGCUCUGCAAAUCUGGCCCCUUUUUUGUCUUUGAAACCUGGGACUGGAUUUGAAAGUCUGAUCCCUUUUUUUAUUAUCAGUCCUCAGGGAAAUCCAUUCUACUAAUUUCUUUGUGGCCACACAAGGGAUUCGUUUCCUUAGUGGAAAAUGAAAGCAGGAUUCAAGACUGUAGUUUUGUUUGGUUUCAUAUAGUAAGUUAGUACAAUGGAUUUAAAUGGAAGUGGAAUUAUAUAUGAAAAUUUUUUAUCAUGCCACAAAAUUUCAAUUAGGGGAAAUUAGCCACUUGGUUCUUUCUGAUAAAUUAAUCAUAGAGAUUAUCUAUUAAAUGUGCCACUUAACCUUUCUGGCAUAAGUGCCUGAGGCAGUAGCAUUCAGGCUCUCCACAUUAAUUUGGAAAUAUUAAUUUCUUGGCAGCUGUCUUCCAAAAUGGAAUUUUCACUUGUCUUUUUUCUAAGUAGGUCAUUGUGCAGCUGUUGUUAAUGGAGGCUGGCAUUUGUGAGAUGAGAAAUCCACCAUUGUACCCCACUGCUCCCAGAAUGGACCCCAUCAAUCACAGGAUAUCCUUCACUGAAAUGCCCUUUCUCACCCCAAAGGGGGCUAUCCCUCGCUGCGACAGCCUUUGGCCUUUGGCACUGGGAAUGUGUUUCGGGGGUUGUUGUGCAGGAGCUGAGGCACUGCUGUGUCCAUCCUGCCUGCCCUCCCUUAGGGAAGGGUUUGCCUUGACUUCACAUUGUCUCUUCCAUCUGCAUUAGAGCUGCCUUAGAAUUCUUCCUGAGGGGAACUGGUCUGACAGCUCUGAGCUGCCAAAGAAACAGCUGGUUCAACUGCUGACCCCCCAGGUCCAACUCUUCCUUCUCCCCUCUGCAGUGAAUCAAUUGUUCCUUUCACUGGGGACAAGGCCUCGCUGUCCCUGUAAUGCUCAGCUGUUGCACAGCUGAUGGAGAGACAAGCAACUCCUGCAACAGCUACAAACCUUGUCCUGUGCUCUUUAAAAAUGAGAAUCAGGAUAUAUUUCCUCCGGCCUGGAUAUAGCUCAUCUGUUGUAAAAUUUGCAUAGUCUGCUGCAGGAACAGUUUGAACUCUAGAACUCUGAGCAUUCCAGGGAAAGAAGAGAGGAAGUAAGAAAGUGCUGCUACCAAGGAAGCAGUCCAAGGAAAGAAAACAUGAAUGGCAGAUAACUUGUGUAAUUUAAGGUUAAUGAAAUGAGAGAGAACAUCUCAAAAUCUUAGAAUAAAGUGUUACGAAAGGAAGUAAAUGCAAUUGAUGUUAUGUGAGCAGCAAGCACGUUAGUUAUGGGUAACCAAAUCAGUGUCCUAGAAAGCAGAAUUGGUAGCAAGGCAGUGGUGUUACAGUCACAGUUUGUCCCUACUGUGAACUAGAAUCAAUACAUUAUUGAUCACCUUAUUGAUUACCUGAGCCUAUACAUUCUUGCACAGACACGAUGAGAAGCAUGAGAAGAAUUCUUAUAGAUCUGUGAUGUGUCCUGCUGACUUCGGGGUUGCUUCAGGUAAAUGUGAAGAUCUUCAAGGUUUAGGAUCUGGAGGAUUUCGAGACAAUUCAAACAGUGCAAGGACUAUGAUAAAAUGAGACAGGGAAGGGGAAUCAAAAUUGAGACCUGUGUCUCAGUUGUAAUUGAACUGGAGCUUGGACUGAGGUACAGUUGGGCAGCUGUGCUGCACAGGGCCAUGGGAUUCAAAUGUUGUGUGACAAGGAAAAGAACAAUUACAAGAUUCACGAGUCACACGAUCAGAGCAGUAAGAAGCUGCAGAGCUAUAAUGUGGUUCUGUAGUUUGGAAAGGAAGUGGAAAAGUGAGGUGUCCUGGAAAGAGAAGUUUAGUAAUGAAUGAGGAUUUAAGAAAGGAAUCAUUGAAGGGCCUUUCAGCAGGGCCAUGAAAUCCUGAACGUGAAGAGAGUAACAGCUCAGGUACCACCCAAGUUUUUCAGUGAAAGGCAGGAAUUGCCAAUUUUGAAAUAAUAAAUGUGGAGAAGUUGAAGCAAAAUUGAGACAUUAUCACCAUUUAAGAAAACACCAGGAACACUGGGAGGACCUGCAAGAGAGGUGAGUGUAAGUCUGUACACGUGGCAGAGCUGUGGCUUGAAGCUGAGCAGUGGGAAGAGGUGAAGGUGCUCUGAGAACGGUGAUUACUGCUAAUGACAGCAGAGAAACUCAGGGAAAAAUGUGGGGAAGGGAUCCCUGGGUUUGGUAGGGAUGUGGUAAGAUUUUAAUGAAAUCCAUUUCCCCUGAUUUGAGUAAAAUCAGGUGAGUCAGGAGCAUUUCAUGGCUGACUAUCAAAUGCUGUCAGCAAGGUUAACAUUUUAAAAAAGGAUAUUUGUUCUCUCUAACAGGAGAUAAUUUUUAAGCUAAAGAACUUCACAUCCUGGGUUACAGGUCCUGACUAUGAACACAAAUCUAGGAUUAUUGAGGGUUUGAUCCUAAAGGCCUUGAAAAGGAAGGAAAAUGUGUAAAGCUGACAUGUCAGUGUGCACAAUGACCCAAACUUUUUCAUAAAGGCUUACUGGGCACUUGUGUGCUCCUAUAUGGAAUCAACUCCAUAGUUCCAUUUUUACUUGUCGUUUCAUUUUCCUGCCUUCCCUGAAGGUGUGCAGGGAACCACAUCCAGUUGGGAAUGACCAGGUAGAUUUGGGUGGCAUGAGAGAAGGGGCUUUCUGUUCUAGAAAUUGCCCAAACCUAUGACCGGCCUGGCUGAGAGUGGCCUCCAAAAAUGGAAAAAAAAGGAAAAUGUAUCAAGUGAUUAGGACUUACUUUGUUAAAGAAAAAGGCUUUGGCCUAUUACACAGUUAUUUUAAGUCUGAAAAGGCAAACCAUAGAAACGAGUGAGGUGUGGAAAGGCCUUUGUUAAGGAUCAAUUAUGAAACACGUUCUGUUUUGCACAAGGAACAAGAUGCUGAUUCUGCAGCUUAAGAGUGGAGCUUUGAUUUCCGUGAUCUGAGUCAAGUUCACACUCUGUGACUCUGGUUCAGGCCCAGAUCCAUAAAGGGGUUUAGGUGCUUAAAACAUGACUUCACUGGGAUUUACUCCCCUAAGCUGCCGAGCGCAGUCUCUGGAAUUUGACAUGCUCCUUUCCACACUCAUGUUUGAACAACAGUCUGCUUUAUGCCCAAACAGCUCUGUGCCUCCGAAGGAUGGCACAGCUGCUGCCCUGCCUGUGCUGGCCUGCCCAGGGCUCGGCAGGGUGAGGAGGCAGGGAUGGGACACACAGGACAGCAGGAAUGGAUGAGGGCACCCAGGGAGAUGGGCAGGGAUGGGGCACCCAGGGACAUGGGCAGGGACGAAGGGAUGAGGGCACCCAGGGCGGCCCCCCUGCCCCGGAGGUGCAGCGGGUGCCCGGCGGCCCCGCCCGAGGCGGGUGCUGGGGCCGCCCCCGAGCGCUGCCCCGCAGGCCCGGCCGUGUCCGCCCCGGGGUAGCGAUACCCGGAGGGGGCAGCGUUUGUAACCGAGCCCCGCACGAGCAGGGCCCGGCACAGACCGCGGCCCCUGCGCCGCGACGGGGACACCGCGUUCCCCACACCGGGGGUACAACCCUGAGGGCUCCGCAGCCCCGGGGCCGCUGCGAACGCUGAGGGGGCCGGGGCAGGCGGGCGGCUGCGGCUCCGGCUGCGGCUGCGGCUCCGGCUCCGGCU